CCCAACAUGGCGUCUCCGGGACUGCUUGUCCGUGCAAGGAUGUUCUGUGGAAGCUCAACCGCCGGAGCGGCCCAAAGGACAAUAAGAAGUGCUACACCGCCUCCGCAAAGGACACACGCUUAAAACCCUCUUUCUCGGUUUCGGGAUCGGUUCCCGGAGAUUGUCUUUACCCCACGCACCGUGCUGGAGAGCCAUGGUUGUUGCACUUUGCGAGUUGGCACCUUUACCUCCGUGGGCCGUGUCUUGUCUGGUGCACGGAUGUGGUCUAGACCAACCUCUAGACGCAGGGAUCAUGAGUGAUUAUUAAUGAUAAUUGGGCUAUAAAUACCAGCUCAAUUGAUUGUUGGCUGCAUUCGAAAUGAGCAUUCCAACCACCUCCUCGGGAAUUCCAAGAUUGGCUUUUGGCUGCGGUACUUAUUACUUUAAGUACGGCUCCGACACCGUUAAUCAACAAUUAGUCGAUAUCACCAAGACAGCAUUGAGCAAAGGCCUUAGACACAUCGAUGCUGCCGAGUGCUACAAUGUAGACAAAGAAUUGGCCAAAGCUUUUGCAGAAUCUGGUCUUUCAAAAGAAGAUUAUUUUGUCACUGAAAAGUACUUUGCGGGAGCCGGGGAUUACUCUGUUCGGUCUAAGGAAGCCAACCCAUACUUACACCUGAAGGCCUUCUUGGAGAGAGUCAGCAUUCCUUACGCAGAUUUGUAUCUCCUACAUUCCCCAUUCAUCAAGAAGGAAACCCAUGGUUUUACACUGGUGGAAGCUUGGAAGUACAUGGAGCAGUGUAAAAAAGAGGGGCUGGCUAAGAGAAUUGGUAUUUCCAACUUCACUGUCGAUGACAUUGAAGAGAUUUUGAAAGAGGCUUCAGUCAAGCCGGAGGUCCACCAGAUUGAGUACAGCGCGUUCCUGCAAAACCAAACCCCGGGUGUUGUGGACUUCUGCAAGGAGCACGGUAUUGAGCUCGAGGCGUACUCGCCUUUGGGUCCAUUGACCAAGGGUGACAAAACGACUGAGGUCGGAAAGAAGUUUGACGACUACUUGAGCUCGUUGGAGAAAAAAUAUGGCAAGACCAAAACCCAGAUUCUACUGAGAUGGGUGGACCAAAAAGGAAUUAUUCCAAUCACGACCACCUCCAAGGAGAGCAGAUUGGACGAGUUUCUAGACGUGUUUUCUUUUGAGCUCACUCCAGAAGAGGUCAAGACCAUUACUGAGAUUGGUGCCCAAUACAGGCCUCCUCUCAGACAGUUCUGGAUCCCAGAGUUUGGUAAAUAUGAUCAGUGACUAGAUGGAAAAUAAAAUACUGUAUUUAUUCUCGGCAUUUGAUACAUCUAACAAAAUUACAUAAUACACGAGUCAAUUCCACAUUUGCUCGUCGGGCGUGACAAACUCCUUCACACUUUGCAUGUUGACGGUGUUGUCUGUCUUCUGUUUCUUUUGCCAGUUAUCAUCCAACUCAAAAUCCAGUAAUGAUAAUCCCAGCGAGGCAUCCA